UCUAGUUUAUGUCCCAACCUGCUUCAUUUUUCUCCAUUUCCCUCUUUAAUUGCGAAAGAAAAUGGCAGCCAUUAUAAAUCGACGAAUUAUUAUCAAUAAGUUCUCAUUUACCUUCAUCUUUCAUCAACGUUUUACGCCCUUUACAUCCGAUUCCACGGUGGCCGCCACUCCCCACAACAAUAUUCCUCCGCCAAUCAACCCGACUCACCUCCGCCGUGUCUGUACCGUUCUAUAUCAGCAACAGAACUCCCCCGAUCUCAAGCUUCACUCCAAACUUCUCGCCUGCAAUUUCAACCUCUCACAUGAAUUCUUCCUCCAGGUAUGCAACACCUUUCCUCUCUCAUGGCGUCCCGUUUAUCGCUUCUUCCAAUUCACUGAAACCGACCCUAAUUUCACUCACACGGCGGUGUCUUUUAAUAAGUUGAUUGAUGUUGUUGGGAAAUCACGAAAUAUCGACCUCUUAUGGGGUUUGGUUCAGGAAAUGGGCCGGCGGCGGUUGGUUACCGAUAAAACCUUUGUUGUUGCUCUGAGAACUUUGGCGGCGGCCAGAGAGUUGAAGAAGUGUGUAGAGUUUUUCCAUUUGAUGGAUGGAUAUGGGUUUGGUUAUAGUUUAGUGACUUUGAAUAAAGUAGUUGAGAAAUUGUGUGGCUGUAAAUUAGUAGAUGAGGCUAAAUUUUUAGUUAUGAAAUUGAAUGAAUGGAUCAAAGCUGAUGGGGUUACUUAUAAAUGGUUGAUUAAGGGAUUUUGCAAUGUGGGGGAUUUGAUUGAAGCUUCAAAGAUAUGGAACUUAAUGGUGGAUGAAGGGUUUGAACCUGAAAUGGAAGCUGUGGAGGAGAUGAUGAAUGUUCUUUUCAAGACCAAUAAAUUCGUUGAAGCUUUGAAACUUUUCCAAGCAGUGAGAUCAGACAGGAUGAAUGAUUUGAUUCCUUCAACUUACAGUCUUACGAUAAGAUGGUUGUGUAACAAAGCUAAGGUGAAGCAAGCGUAUGUCGUGUUCAACAAAAUGCAUAAGAGAGGACUUGAAGCUGAUAAUUCAGUACAUUCUUCACUAAUUUAUGGGCUUUUAGCAAGAGGGAGGAGGAGAGAAGCUUAUGACAUAAUGAAAAGAAUUGAGAAACCUGAUUUGGGUGUAUAUCAUGCAUUGAUUAAAGGACUUUUGAGAUUAAAAAGGGCGAAUGAAGCAACCCAAGUUUUUAGGGAAAUGAUAGAAAGAGGGUGUGAGCCUAUAAUGCACACAUAUAUAAUGUUGUUGCAAGGACAUUUAGGGAAAAGGGGGAGGAAAGGAUUGGAUCCACUUGUGAAUUUUGAUAGUAUAUUUGUUGGAGGUUUGGUGAAGAGUGGGAAGUCAUUGGAGGCCACAAAGUAUGUGGAGAGACUUAUGAAAAGAGGGCUUGAAGUGCCAAGGUUUGAUUAUAACAAGUUUUUGCAUUACUAUUCAAAUGAGGAGGGAGUGGUAAUGUUUAGAGAGGUGGGGAAUAGGUUGAGAGAAGCUGGGUUGGUUGAUUUGGCUGAUAUAUUUCAGAGAUAUGGGGAGAAAAUGACCACUAGAGAUAGGAGGAGAAAUCGAGCAGCAAUGGAUUUGAAAUGAAAUGCCUAAUUGGAUUAUGAAUCGCUUCAUGACAUCGUCAAGCAAACUUAUCGACUGUGUUGAGUUGAAAGGAUUGGGUGUUUGAGGUGAUUUCCAUCUACUUCUUCUGUGAUGUGUUGGAGCAGAUGCUUGAACUUGGAAACUUCUUUUAACUGAUUUGAAAAGGCAACAUCAGUGGGCAAAGGGCCAAUUCAUUUGUGGAUGGAACUGCCAGCCAAUAGAAGCUAUAUGCAGAGCUUCAUAUGCUUACCGGGACUGAUUCAACCAUGUGAAACAAAAUCAUCUUUUCAGAAAUGGUUUUUCGCAGAUGAGUAGCUUCUCCUCGCUGCCAUUUUGAAGGUCAAUCACCCUCGCAUUUGAAUUGCAAUCGUGCGAGCCAUCUCGAUAACUUCUGCCGUAUCAUUGAAAAUUACCCAACCUGAAAGGUAAAUUAAGAUUAUUAGAAAAGAAAAUAUAUCAUUUGUAGCUUCCAAGGCAGAGAAGAACAAUAUACUUUAUACAUUGCAAUUAUAAUUACAGAGAGAUUCAAUUGAAUUACCUCAGGACGUAGUAUUCUAUCCAUCUCCAAUAAUAAGUCUGUCAAACUGCGCCUCUUUGAUUUGCUUAGUGAAAGGAGCCCGUUUGCGUGCAGCAUAUCGUAUGUUCUUGGGUAAGUGGGAAAAGGCUCAGGCCUGUUUGUUGGUUGGUCCAACCAAACAUGAUGUGAGGGGCUUAUAAUACGUUUGAUUGUCAUCUUCCAUUCGACACAGAGGUAUGGACUCUCUCUUCCUGCAAAAGGAGAAUCAGCAAAUCGGUUCAACAAUUUUGUUUAGACUUCUAACUACAGUGUUCAUAUCGAACAACAGAGACGGAACAAAAAAAAGCUUAAAAACGUAAAUAGUUAGCCUGAAAUAAGUAGUUAGUUCUGAGGAGGAUCCUUAACGUGACAGAUAGCAGUUAGCAUCGGUUGAUUUCUGCCACACAACCAACCUUGAAGUUUCCAACAAUAUUCUAGCAUUUCAAUCAUUUUUGAGGUGUAUCUUCCUUUCCACCUAGUUGCUGCUCGGCUGCUGGGUGAAGGCAUGACAAAAUAUCCGCCAGGCUUGAGUAGACGGUUUACUUCAAUCAGGAAUUUCAAAAGUUAUUGCACAAUUAUACGUUUUACAAUACACAUACAAGGGAAACUAAAAUAUCCAUUUUUUUCCUCUCUUUUUUAUUUUAUUUGUUAUAGGAGGGGGUUGGUUUCAGUGUCUUCAAGUACCUAUCAUGUUCUUACUGGAAGCACACUGACUACAAUGAAUCAUGUCAAAUGAUAGUGAUGGAUAUGGAGGCUGUCUUGUACCGAAGUUGCCAAUCAUUGCUGGAAGACCUCUCUCAAGAGCCAGCUGAACUUGACUAUUUGAUUCCUCAUAUUCCCCAAUGCAAACUUUCAAAGAUGUCAAAUGAGCUCCAUGACUAGUAUAUUGACAACCAAUAUCUAGCGCAAUGUGCACAUGUAACUGUUACAUUAACCAAGCCAGGAAUAAGAUACAGGAAGGAGAGGAAAAGGAAAACUGUUAAAUCGUCAAUUGAAUCAAAAGUUUGAGCUAAUGGGUGAAAGCAAAUUUAAUAUCA